CCUCGUCACCCUGCCACCUUCCUAACGUUUCUGCUAUAAAAUCUCCCUCUGUAAUUCCCCUUCUCUUUGCCAGCAUAGCUCCAACCAAAAUGGGAAGUCUUGAUUCAAAUAAUAGCGCUCAAAACCAAUCAAACAUAGCAAAUUUCAACCCACUUGACCCUGAAGAAUUCCGUACACAAGCCCAUCAAAUGGUGGACUUCAUUGCUGAUUAUUACAAAAACAUUGAAAACUACCCGGUUCUAAGCCAAGUUGAACCGGGUUACCUCCGAAACCGUUUACCCGAAACUGCCCCAUAUCGCCCCGAAUCGUUUGACACCAUUAUGAAAGAUAUUCAAAACCAUAUUGUCCCUGGUAUGACUCACUGGUUAAGCCCUAAUUUCUUUGCAUUUUUUCCAGCCACCGUUAGCUCCGCCGCUUUCGUUGGUGAAAUGCUGUGCACUUGUUUCAACUCCGUUGGAUUUAACUGGCUCGCUUCACCGGCCGUUACGGAGCUAGAAAUGGUAGUCAUGGACUGGCUCGCAAAUAUGCUAAAACUACCAAAAUCCUUCAUGUUUUCCGGCACUGGCGGUGGUGUACUUCAAGGUACAACCAGUGAAGCUAUCCUCUGUACACUAAUCGCCGCUCGUGACCGAAAGCUCGAAACCCUAGGUGUUCAUAAUAUUGGAAAGCUCGUUGUCUACGGUUCUGAUCAAACGCACUCUACGUAUACUAAGGCUUGCAAGCUGGCUGGUAUUUUCCCAUGCAAUAUUAGGGCUAUACCUACUUCUGUUGAAAGUAAUUUCUCUUUAUCUCCUGUGGUCCUACGUAGAGUUAUUGAAGCUGACGUGGCUGCUGGAUUGGUCCCACUUUUCCUCUGUGCUACUAUAGGGACCACUUCAACAACAGCCGUUGACCCAAUUAGUCAACUAGCUGAGGUUGCUAAUGAGCACAAAAUCUGGCUCCACGUGGAUGCUGCUUAUGGAGGUAGUGCAUGCAUAUGUCCAGAGUUUAGACAUUAUCUUGAUGGAAUUGAACGAGCUGACUCGUUGAGUCUUAGUCCACAUAAAUGGUUACUAAGUUACUUAGAUUGUUGUUGCAUGUGGGUUAGAGAACCAAAUGUGUUAGUAAAGGCGUUAAGCACUAAUCCUGAAUAUUUGAGAAAUAAACGAUCUGAAUAUGACUCAGUUGUAGAUUACAAAGACUGGCAAAUCGGUACAGGUCGAAGGUUCAAGUCGCUCCGAUUAUGGCUUGUUAUGCGUAGUUAUGGCAUAGUCAAUCUUCAAAGUCAUAUUAGGUCUGAUGUUCGAAUGGCCAAGAUGUUUGAAGGGUUUAUUAAGUCCGAUCCAAGGUUUGAGAUUGUUGUGCCCCGGCGGUUUUCGCUCGUGUGCUUCCGGUUCAACCCGGUCAAAGAAUCUGAACCGGCAUAUAUAGAACUUUUAAACAAGAAGCUGCUUGAUUCUAUCAACUCAACCGGGCGAGUUUACAUCACACACACAAUAGCAGGUGGAAUUUACAUGCUAAGGUUUGCAGUAGGUGCCACGCUUACAGAAGAUAGACACGUAACUGCUGCUUGGAAAUUGAUAAAGGAGUCGGCCGAUGCUUUACUGAGAAGAAGUUAUUAUUAUACUACUGUUUAGAGUCUCUGUUAAAAAAAUGCAGAAGAGGAAGGGUAAAGGAAAAAAAUAAGUGCUUGCACUUUUAUGUUGGUGUAUAGGCAUUUGUGAUUGUUUUGUAUAUCUCAGACGGCAAAGUCAAAACAAUCUGCAUUUGUCGGUAAUACCACUAGUAAUAUAUAUUAGAAUUAACAAUAUUGAUCUAUAUGCUCUUUGGUGGGAGGAAUAAUGAUAGAGUAUGUAGUAUCACGUUGAAAUUUUAAACCUCAUCUUGGUGUAUUUUUUAGACCGUACUCUUCAGUUAAAAAGAAGCAUCUUUGUGAAUUCCU